AUACAGCCAUACAGUGCUGUUUAUGUAUUUGCGUGUUUUGCCCACACUCUCGGAAACGCUCUCGUCAUUCUGCGUCAGCAAUCCGAUAAGUACUUGCUCUCUCCGGCGAAUUUCACAAAUUUCCAUUUUCUCCGAAUCUUAGCUAUGGAAAAGUCUGGGUACGGCCGCGAUGGAAUCUACAGAUCUCUCCGGCCGCCGAUUGUCCUCCCGCGGGACCCCAACCUCUCAAUGGUCUCCUUCCUCUUCCGGAACAUUUCUCAGUACCCGGACCAACCGGCCAUCCAUGACGCCGACACCGGCCGGACAUUGACUUUCUCCCAGUUGAAAUCCCAGGUCUCAAGAGUCGCUCAUGGCUUGAAGCAUCAACUGGGUGUUAGGAAAAACGAUGUCGUUCUUAUCUUCUCUCCCAACUCCAUCGACUUCCCACUCUGCUUCUUGGGCGCCAUCGCCGCCGGGGCCAUUGCCACGACCGUGAAUCCAAUGUAUACAGUUCCAGAGCUUUCCAAACAAAUCAAGGAUUGUAGCCCAAAGCUCAUCGUCACCGUUCCCCAAUUGCUCGACAAAGUCAAAGGCUUCAACUUGCCGGUUUUGGUUCUGGGUCAGGAAAAAACUUCCAUUUCCGGCCUCACGUAUUUCACCGAUCUGGUCAAGAACUCAGGGUCAUUGAAUUUUGACACCAUUUCUAUAAACCAGAGCGAUACAGCCGCGUUGCUGUACUCUUCUGGGACGACGGGGUUGAGUAAAGGCGUAAUCUUGACUCACCGGAAUUUCAUCGCGACGUCUCAGAUGGUGGCCGCGGAUCAAGACGCGGCGGGGGAGCCGCAAAACACGUUCUUGUGUUUCUUGCCGCUGUUUCAUGUCUUCGGGCUUUCAAUUAUCUUGUAUUCACAGCUGGCCAGGGGGAAUUCUGUGGUAACUAUGGGAAAAUUUGACCUGGAGAUGAUCUUGAAAACUGUGGAUAAGUAUAGAGUGACGCAUAUGUGGGUUGUGCCUCCCAUCAUUCUGGCAUUGGCUAAGAACAGUGUGGUCAAGAAGUAUAAUCUGACAUCUCUGAGGCAGAUUGGGUCUGGUGCAGCACCCCUGGGGAAGGAAUUGAUGGAAGAGUGUGCCAAGAAUUUCCCUCAGGCUACUGUAAUUCAGGGAUAUGGCAUGACAGAAACUUGUGGAGUUGUGUGUAUAGAGAAUACAAGAAUUGGUCCAAGACACUCCGGGUCAGCUGGAUUGCUGGUUUCAGCAGUGGAGGCGCAAAUCGUUAGUGUUGAUAAACUGCAGCAUCUUCCUCCUGGUCAGUUGGGGGAGAUUUGGGUACGAGGUCCUAACAUGAUGCAAGGUUAUUACAAGAAUCCACAGGCUACAAAGCUUACAAUAGAUAAGCAAGGCUGGGUCCAUACUGGAGAUCUUGGAUACUUUAACAAGGAUGGAAUGCUAUAUGUUGUUGACCGUAUCAAGGAGCUGAUUAAGUACAAAGGUUAUCAGGUCGCACCAGCAGAGCUCGAAGGUCUGCUCGUUUCUCAUCCAGAAAUACAGGAUGCUGUUGUCAUCCCAUACCCGGAUGCAGAAGCUGGUGAGGUCCCAGUUGCAUAUGUUGUUCGCUCCCCGAACAGCUCUCUGACUGAAGAAGAUGUCAAGAAGUUCAUUGCAGGCCAGGUUGCGCCAUAUAAGAGAUUGCGCAAGGUGACGUUUAUAAACAGCGUCCCAAAAUCUGCCUCGGGGAAGAUUCUUAGACGGGAACUGAUCGAAAAGGUACGAGCAAAACUCUAAUGGUAUAGUGGUUUGUUAUUCUGGAGAAUAACUGAAUACAUCUGUUGCUAGAGAACCUAUUCAUAGUAUAUUAUCAGGCAAUAAACUUGUACUCAUGUUGUAAACUUGGAGGAUAAGUGGCUUCAAGUGAACAUAAAUUCCAACUAUUUGUAGCUGCUUCAUGGCAUAUACACACACACAAGAAGUUUACUAUUUACAAGUUGAUGUUACAUCUUGUU